AUGAGCUCACAGAAGUACGAAAGGGUGUCUGCAAACGACGAGGAAUAUUGCCAAGAUACUUCUCAAAGACCUUCUAAUACAGAGGCAACUCCCUCUUCUCCACCGCCUUCAUUUCGCUCCCGCGCGUCCUCUCCAUCAUCCCGACACCUACUCUCCGAAGACCCUAUAACAACAGAAGCCGAGAGAACACUGGCGGAUACUUUCGACGACGGAUCCGAUUCAGAUGACGAUGGUCAUAAUGAAGGAGACGAUCGCCAGCGCCUCAUGCGGGCCAAUACCCAUCAAUCCCAAUUAGAGCAGCGAGCCGUACACGAUGGCAACGGACCAAACUUGUCAGGAGCUGUCACAAGACUUCCAGUCGUGGUACAUCCAGUCUCAUCCAAUGUUCCUGCCAGACCCUAUACAGGCGCUACACCCUAUUCUACCUUCUCCCACUCCAAUGACGGUGUGUUUGCAAAUCUAAACGCAAAGCCAGAACGCGGCGAAAAACUAGAGGAACAACCACCGUCCUACGAAGCCGCUGCUGCGGACGCUACACCCCCUUAUUGGGAAACCACCAUUCUGGCACCUGGCCACCUCGCAUCAAGCGACGAAGUUUACGUCGAUGGUCUUCCAGUCGGCUCCCUCUUCAGCUUUGUAUGGAAUGCCAUGAUUAGCGUAUCCUUCACCCUCGUCGGUUUCCUACUGACCUAUCUCCUCCACACCACGCACGCUGCGAAGAACGGCUCAAAGGCCGGUUUGGGCAUCACACUUGUUCAAUACGGAUUUAUGAUGCGCAGUGGCAGAUCUACGGUACCUCCUACAAAUGGACAAGAUCCGGCCUUCACAGCACCGCAGGAUCCAAAUAAUCACGACUUCGACCCUAACGCCGUCUCCGACAGUGCAGCUGCCGCGGCCGCUGCAGCUAUUGCGGAAUCCUCUCAGCAAGCGGCAGCGAGUGGUGCGAACAGUGUAGCAAACAGCGACUGGCUAGCAUACGCAUUAAUGAUCGUGGGAUGGUUCAUACUCAUCCGGGCGGUUAGCGAUUUCUUCAAAGCAAGGCGGCAUGAACAAUUGGUACUGCAGAGUCCUGAUCGGGGACUCAACGUUCCUGUCGUUGCGGAUACUGAGAGGCCGGAGGAGGUGGUUUGA